AAUUGGUCAUUCUCCAGGAGCACCAGAGAUAUCUUUGUGCUCUUCGGUAGGUUAUUUGCAACAUCCGGGAUCAGAACAAGUACAGUUUCCUCGAACUACUUCCCCAUGCAGUUCCCAACAGCUUCAAGGCCACCAGUGUCCAGCUGUGCCACCACCACCACCUGGUGGAGGAAUGGUAAUGAUGCAACUCAAUGUACCAAACAAUCCACAGUCUCGUGCCCACUCGCCUCCUCAGUGGAAACAAAACAAAUAUUACUGUGAUCAUCAGAGAGGGCAGAAGUGUGUGGAAUUUAGCAACGUAGACAAUAUUGUCCAGCACAGCCCUCAACUCAGUAGCCCCAUUAUUUCACCAGCUCAGUCGCCAGCACCAGCUCAGCUGUCCACCCUAAAAACUGUACGUCCCUCUGGACCACCACUUUCCAUCAUGCCCCAGUUUUCUAGACCUUUUGUCCCUGGACAAGGAGAUGCCAGGUAUCCCUUACUUGGCCAACCACUGCAGUACAACCCUCCUGCUGUUCUGCACGGACACAUUUCAAGCCAACAGGGUCAGCCUGGCAGCAGGCAUGGAAACCGAGGAAGGAGACAAGCUAAAAAAGCUGCAUCCGCAGACCUUGGAGCAGGAGAAGCAGUUGUUGGGAAGGUCUUGGAAAUUACUGAACUACCAGAUGGAAUAACUCGCAUGGAAGCCGAGAAGCUUUUUGGGGAACUCUUUAAAACUGGCGCCAAGAUCCGGUGGCUCCGGGACCCCCAGUCCCAGCCACAUCGUCACCCCCUCUGCUGUGGCAGCGGGGACAACACUGUCAACCCUGAACGCUCUAAACACGGCGACUUGGCCUCCACGUACACCGUCUUAGCCACAUUUCCCUCCAUUUCAGCUGCACAGAAUGCAUUGAAGAAACAGAUUAACUCAGUUAACAAGUUUAAGCUGAGAACAAGCAAGAAGCACUAUGACUUUCACAUUUUGGAAAGGUCAAGUUCUCAGUAACAGAGCCAUCUUUGGACCCUUGACCUUUAUGAUGCCCCUGCCCUCUCAUCUUUGAUUGGCUUGGUAUUUGGAGCUUCUGUUAACACUAUAGAGACUCCUAGGACGUGUGGUCAUGGCGUUAUAGCUUUUGAAGAAAGGCCAGUGAUCCAGCAAAAGGGGAAAAAAGAUAUACAUUUCACCCCACCUGAUUGUAGGAAUCCACAUCAGAAUGAUACAGAGUUAGCAGAUUUUUCUAAGGAAAUGCUGUUCAAAUGCCUCCUAACUUUUAUAGUUAUUUUGUUUUCUAUUUCUGAAUUCUUGUAUCAGAUCCAAAGCUCUAUUGUACAGCAAAUUUUUCUUCAAAAUGAUUAUAACCAAUUGCAACCUGUAUUUCUUUUUGCAGCCAGCACAAUGUGACCCAAUUUAGAAUUUGGGGGAAAAAGAACACAAGAGCGGAAUAACCCAGUCAGAACCAUGUACUGCAUCUCCUUGGGUGGCUGGGGGUGCUAAGGAGAGCCACAGACAGAAGAUUACUCUUCCCCUGAAUCUCUAAACACAAAAACAGUUUCCAGAAAAUGCAGAACUCUUCCUCAUAGGGUCCCUUCUUUAUUCAUUAAGUAUAAAGUAAAUUAUGUUCUUAAUGCCUUUCAAUCAAACCACAUAGAGUCAAGGGAAGUAGGAAUCAUUCUAGACAGGAAAGUACUUCCACUUUUUUAAGUAUCCCUCCCAUAACUAAAUGCCACUUAUUUGCAUUCCCCUCCUUGUGGAUUUUUUGUCACCUAAGAAAAUGCAUCUGAUGAGUGCUGGAAACAUCUUGAGUGGUUUACAAUUUGUUUUCAUUGUUUGCAGCGGAUCACUGGACAUCAAAAGAUUAUUGCACUUAUGAACAAGGAACCUUCCUUUCAACUUCUAUGUAAUUUGCAAGGCUGUACAAUGUGUGCUGAUGCAAGCCUUUUUCAGUUCAAGAGAAUAAAUGUUUACAAAUAUAA